AUGUUCACUGGUCAGCCCGUGUACCCUGGACAACAGAUGUAUGCAGUUCCAGGUGCCGUGACUAGGCUCCCAUCUCGUGUCUCUUACGUGACGAGUGGUGCUGAGAUCCGCGGCAUGGCUGCCCCAGCUGUGGCUUAUCCACAGAUGGCACCACAGAUCUAUGCUCCGUCAGCAAUGGUCUCCCCUGGAAUGCAGACUCAGACAAGGGUUGUGACCCUGAGUGUAUCGGAGGCUGAGGUUCUUCUGGCACAAAAGGCUUGGUCAGAUGCAAUCAAACACAUUUCCAAGACCUAUCUUGAGGGAGGCGACUACGUUGCAGCUGCUGCCAAAGCAGCCGGUGAGCUCUAUGGCUAUGGCCACUCUGAUUACACUUUCGGCUACAAGAAGAAUGCGGACGGCAAGGUGCGCAUCUUCCUCCACCAUUCGUCAGUGCCAUACAGCGUGCCUGCAGCCACUGCAUCUGGAGCGAUUACUGAAGAGGAAGUAAAGAGUGUGCAGGCAGCAUGGGCCAAUGCCAUCAGGAGUAUCUCCAAGACUUAUCUUGACGGAGGCGACUACGUUGCAGCUGCUGCCAAAGCAGCCGGUGAGCUCUAUGGCUAUGGACACACAAAUUACACUUUCGGCUACAAGAAGAAUGCGGAUGGCAAGGUGCGCAUCUUCCUCCACCACUCCUCAGUGCCAUACAGCGUGCCUGCAGCCACUGCAUCUGGAGCGAUUACUGAAGAGGAAGUAAAGAGUGUGCAAGCAGCAUGGGCCAAUGCCAUCAGGAGCAUCUCCAAGACUUAUCUUGACGGAGGCGACUACGUUGCAGCUGCUGCCAAAGCAGCCGGUGAGCUCUAUGGCUAUGGACACACAAAUGUGCUGUUCAAGCCAACCAAGGCAGCUGAAGCACAGUUUCGACCCACAGCCUCAGAUGCCAUGUCCUACUUUGUUGGGCACAGAGCGGUCGAGAACGGUUAUCUUGAGGAUGCUGGCUUCGCCAUCAACGGUGGAAAGGGAUGGUCAGAUGUGGUUUUUGACAACCACCAAAUUGAUGUCACUGGCAAUGUUGCCAUUGCCAUGGGCAACUACUUCUUCACCAGCGCUGCAGAUGGAAGCAAGACCAAAGUUGAGUACACUUUUGGCUACAAGAAGAAUGCGGAUGGCAAGGUGCGUAUCUUCCUCCACCACUCCUCAGUGCCAUACAGCGUGCCUGCAGCCACUGCAUCUGGGGGGGUGCGCGUUCGCUUCGGCCGUAUUUUUCAAUCGCUUUGGUCAUCUGGAGCGAUUACUGAAGGGGAAGUAAAGAGUGUGCAGGAAGCAUGGGCCAAUGCCAUCAAGAGUAUCUCCAAGACUUAUCUUGACGGAGGCGACUACGUUGCAGCUGCUGCCAAAGCAGCCGGUGAGCUCUAUGGCUAUGGACACACAAAUGUGCUGUUCAAGCCAACCAAGGCAGCUGAAGCACAGUUUCGACCCACAGCCUCAGAUGCCAUGUCCUACUUUGUUGGGCACAGAGCGGUCGAGAAGGGUUAUCUUGAGGAUGCUGGCUUCGCCAUCAACGGUGGGAAGGGAUGGUCGAACGUGGUUUUUGACAACCACCAAAUUGAUGUCACUGGCAAUGUUGCCAUUGCCAUGGGCAACUACUUCUUCACCAGCGCAGCAGAUGGAAGCAAGACCAAAGUUGAGUACACUUUCGGCUACAAGAAGAAUGCGGACGGCAAGGUGCGCAUCUUCCUCCACCACUCCUCAGUGCCAUACAGCGUGCCUGCAGCCACCAAAGUGCAGUCCCCAAGCUUGGUGACAACUUUGCAGCCAACAUUGAUUGGAGCAUAGAUUUGAUCUCUGAGAGGCCUGCUUUGGUCACAUCUUUAGUUUUUUUUCGAUGCUGACGGUGACUUGAAACAGUUGCCUGGUCUGGUGCUUUG